AUGUUGCCCAAUUCGCGUCACAGCUCCUCUUCUUCUUUUCUGCACAGGAAAUCAUCAAGAUGGAUUUCUUACUCCUCAGUUUUCGGCGUAUCAGGCCCCUCACUCUCGUCAAUACAGAUCCACAAUGGUUGCCCACAGACGCGCAUUUGGUGGACAGCAGCGGAUUUCUUGCAAUCACAUUCUCCAUCCAGGACAGUAAUGGGUUUCGGUGCGAGGAAUUGUCGGUGUGGACUGGAGGCCGUGGACUACUGCUGUUUGUGUUGGUACUUUUGGUGGUCGGUUUGCCGUCUUGGCUGUCUUGGUACCGGGAGCUUUGAGCAUGGUUCCCCUCGAUGCUUUCUCUUCUGCAGACGUAGGUAG